GUGUUCUACAAGCGGGCCGACAUGGCCAUUGGCUCGUUGACCAUAAACGAAGAGCGCUCAGAGAUUAUAGACUUCUCAGUGCCAUUUGUGGAGACGGGGAUCAGUGUGAUGGUGGCGCGAAGUAAUGGGACUGUCUCACCAUCUGCCUUUUUAGAACCAUACAGUCCAGCUGUGUGGGUGAUGAUGUUCGUCAUGUGUCUCACUGUUGUGGCCAUCACAGUCUUCAUAUUUGAAUACUGCAGUCCAGUUGGAUACAACCGCAGCCUGGUCACUGCUAAAGAUCCCGGAGGUCCCACCUUCACUAUUGGGAAGUCUGUGUGGCUGCUGUGGGGAAUCGUUUUCAACAACUCGGUCCCCAUUGAGAAUCCAAAGGGAACCACUAGUAAGAUCAUGGUCCUGGUUUGGGCCUUCUUCGCUGUCAUCUUCCUGGCUUCCUACACAGCCAACCUGGCAGCCUUCAUGAUCCAGGAGCAAUACAUCGACACGGUCUCCGGACUCAGUGACAAAAAG